AUUAAUUUGAAGACUCUGAAUUGACGAAAAGAGGAAGAAGAAAAAUUUUUUACAAUGAGAAACAAAUUUUGUUUUGUUCUUUUUUUUCUUUACUCAAUUUUACAUCAAGAAGUUUCAUCAUCAAUUAUCAAAGCCUGCUUUAGAGAUUUAGACAAAAUUUAUUAUUCUGGACAUUAUUACAAUCCAGAUACAGACGAAUGUGUAAAAUUCUUUCAACAUUACUUUAAAAUAAAUAAAAAAUAUGAAAAUGAGGAAAAAUGUCUUCAAAAUCGUGAUCCUGAUUACUUCUAUCGCCUUCAAGAUACUUAUCAAUCUGAUUACUAUUACGAUAAAACAACAGGCGAAUGUUCUGAAUUAUUUUAUUCUCAAUUUUUACACACACCGAAAAAUUCAUUCUCUUCAAAAAAAUUAUGCGAAAUUACUUGUCUAUAACAAUAUCAAAUUUUGUCAUUUUUAGUGAAUUAUUUAUUCUCU